AUGUCGGAACAGAGAGGCACGAAGUCAGGCCGUGCAAGUAUGAGCCCGGGAUCGGGAGAGGGCGCGGGCCACGCCGUGGCCGCUCCCCUCGGCGCCUGCUCCCGAGGGCAGAGAGGCCCAGAGGCCGCGUUAGCCGCUGUGGGCGUUCGCGAGCGGCGGCGGGGGGAGCUAGAGGCUCGCGAAAAACCAAAGGUGUAUCAAGGUGUCCGAGUGAAGAUAACGGUGAAGGAGUUGCUGCAGCAGAGAAGGGCGCACCAGGCAGCCUCCGGGGUAACCGUGUCCGGAGGCAGCAGCGUCCGCCUUUCAGACCAGGUCCCACCAUCUUCUGCAGGGCUGUAUUUUGAGCCUGAACCAGUUUCUUCCACACCCAGUUAUUUUCAACCCCAAGAAUUGUCCAGUUGUGUUUCUUGUGAAGAAAACACGAGCUGCCUCGACCAGAUCUUUGAUUCCUACCUUCAGACAGAGACACACCUGGACCCUUCGCUCAAUUCCACGCAAAGUACUCCGCACUAUUUCCCUGACAGCUUCCAAGCCGCCCCUUUCUGCGUUAGCCAGAGCCUGACCCCAGGAUCGCCUUCUGAUUCCUCCACUCUCUCCGGUUCCUUCGACUACAGUUACUCGCCGGCUCAGCUCCCGUCACAUGCUCCGGAGAAUUACAGUUCUCCCCCUUCUCUGGACCCCAGGACCUGUGGCUACCCCUCGGAAGACUACUCCUAUCCCCACGUGCCCCCGUACGCGCCCUACGACUGCUUCUCCUCAGCCGGCACCUCCGUCUGCUACUGUGCGUCGUGUGAGGCAGAACACUUGGACACCAUCAGGGCGUCGGAGUACUUGUCCUAUCCCAGCUCAGACUACGUGACCUUUGCCCCCUCCGCAGCGGCCACCAGUGAUUUCUAUAAGAGGGGGACAAACUGUGACAUCUGCUAUAGUUAAUGGCAGUUACAGUCAUUCGGAACAUGCCUAUCCCUGUAUUUUAGCUGCCCCAAAUGACAACUCAAAAUAUACAACCAGUUGACAAAAUGUCACAAGCCCAGUUUGCAUGUCACCACUUUCUAUUUUCCGGUGCUCACUGAGGCAUUAAUAUGAAGUCCCAGACCUGGUCACUGUGUCCCUCCUACUCUGUAUGUGUACAGUUAACAUUUUUGUGGGAAUGUUCAGCGGUGUUACUUUUCUAUGUAACGAACAAAUUCUAACUUUUUUACUAAUAAAUUUUGUAUUAUUAAA